AUGGGUCGAAGAAGGAGAACGCGAGAAGACGCAAGCUCGUGGACUUGCUUGAACAGAAUCGUCGAGAGAGCAGACCGUGAGCAAACAUCGCCGCCUCCCAACACUGACGUCAACGUCAUCAAGCCCGAAAUCCAGAAGACAUCCCAGGAUGCAGCCCGGCGCUCGGUACCGAUCUUUGACGGAAAAGUCCACGAUGGUGCCAAGAUUGCCAGAGACGACAAGCUUUAG